AUUGCACAGGAGUGGUCAAAACAUUUCACUUUCAAUCUUCACACUAAUCGCAAAUGUUAAGGGGUUUGCUCUGUGGACUCGUGAACAUAUUUAAUCUAAAAUGGCUAUAGGGCUAUUUGGAUGGUGAUUGAAACCUUGACCUACCACUAGCGUUACCUUGGCCCUAGUGGUGUAGCGAGCUAGCUACUAAGGUGAAGAAGAACAAUGUCGAGUUUACCUCAGUCAAAGGAGGAUUGCUCUUCCGAGUUUCCCUCAGACUGGGGAGACGAUGCACGUAUGGCUUUCCUAUUUUCGGCAUUCAAAGAGAACAGGGAUGUCGACACUACAGAUUGGGAUGGUAAAUUGGACUUCUGGACGCCACUAAUUGUAAACCACUGCAGACGUCGGGGCGCAGUCUGUGUAAAUUUGCACGAACUGAACGAAAGUUUUCGCCGAAAGGGCAGUUCGCCCCUUGGUUUGGGAGUUGUGCUUCAGUCCAUGUACAGGAAUGGAAAAGUGCAGAAAGAAUCAGAGUUUGCUGCAAAUGUGGAUUCUGGCUGGCUAUCUUGGGGAGUUGGCCUUUUGCUUGUUAAGCCACUGAAGUGGACAUUGUCCACCCUUUUGGGCAGUGGACGUGUACCUCUGGAAGAAUCUUUUGUCGUGAUUGAGUUGGUCAAGGAAAAGGCGGUGAAGCUCUUGGAGACAUAUCGGUCCUCUCCAUUGGCAGACAGGUGUCUGUUGUCCUUUCAGGAGAUGAGAACACUGGCCUCCCAUGUUUGCUCAGAUGAGACCACCCUAUGCUUGGCUCUGCUUCAACUGCAGAGGGACAAGCAGGUGACCGUGUCGCUUCAUGAAGGUGAAAAGCUGGUGAAAUUCUCCCAGCCUGGCCAAGGUCGUGUGAGCCCUGUCAGUGAUGUGGACCUGGGUAUCUACCAGCUGCAGUGCAGUGAGAAGCUGCUAGGGGAGAGAGUGGACGCCCUGGGCAAGGAGGCAGACAAAUGCAAAGAGGAGGCCAGGGCUCUACUCAGUGAAGGGAAGAAAUCUCAGGCUCUGAGGUGCCUUAGGGGGAGGAAGCGUGUGGAGAAACGGGCUGACCGGCUUUAUGCCCAGAUGGAAACUAUAAAGGGUAUUCUGGACAGAAUAGCCCACUCACAAACAGACCGUCUGGUGAUGCAAGCAUACCAGGCAGGUGUCGCCGCUCUGCGUCUCUCAUUAAAAGAUGUGACUGUGGAGAAGGCUGAAAGUUUGGUGGAUCAGAUCCAGGAGUUGUGUGAUACUCAGGAUGAAGUCAACCAGACGCUUGCUGGAGGAGCAUUGGACACAACUGGUGGGGACACCGAUGAGUUGGAGGAAGAGCUCAAGUCUCUUUUGGAGGAGUCUGCUCCAGAUGGACGAGGGGACCUUCCAGAAGUUCCCUCAGGACCCUUACCAUCCGGCAGAGAAAAGAGUGUCCUCAACGACGAUUUCUUCAACUCUCUACCCAGUGUACCUGACUCACGGUUAAAUAUCACAGACGAGGAGCUGGACAGGGAGCUGAGUCGCCUCAACAUCUCUGGAGCAGGUGGGCAGCAGAGAGGACCGAUCUCACCACUAAGGAAGCCAGAGCCGGCCCAGUGAAGCACAAUGAAAUGUAUUAGUUAAAGUAUUAAGCAAUCAAACUACCGUCUAUUGUAUGUUUUGCAAUAUGCCUUUAUUCAUGUUUGUUAUGGCAUGUUUGUGAUCUUUUUUUAUUUUAAACUAAACGUUUUAAAAGGGGCCUUUUAAAGUUUGUGAAGUGUUACUCUAAUAAAUGAUUACAAUUAUGAUGCCAAAACAAUUGAUUCUGUGUGACAGAAUCAUAUCAGUUAUUACUGAAUAAAUUCUAUGUAAAUGUUAAA